CGCUGCACCUGUCAGGUGAGGGGGAGGAGAGGUUUGGCUGCCAGAUUCAACUGGAAAGGAACCAGUCCCAGUCCAGCCGCAACCUGGGAGUGGGAAGCUGGAGGCAGCCCAGACCUCCUGGAGCCCUGCAGUCCUGGGGCAGAGACAGAAUCAGGACACAGCUCGAGGUCAGGGCCAGAGGCUGGAGGUGAGGGCCUAGAGUGAGAGGGGACAAGGCAAUGGGGGAAGAGGAAGAGAGGCAGGAUUAGAGAGAGGAGCCAGGCCAGGAAGAGGAGAGCUGGGAGAGACCCAAAGAGAAACAGAAGGCAGAUAGAGAGGGAGUGAGACGCAGGAGCUGAGACACAGAUCCUGGAGGAAGAAGACCAAAGGAAGAGGGCAGAGACAGAAAGGGAGGUGCUAGGACAAAACCCAAAAGGUGGCCCUAUCAGGGAAGCAGAGGAGAGGCCGUUCUAGGGAAGCCCAGCUCCGGCGCUUUGGGCCGCAACUCCCGCAGGUCUGCUGGCUCCAGGAAAGGUGGAGGAGGGAGGGAGGAGUAGGAGAAUGUGGGCGCAGGGUGGGACACGGGCAUGGCCAGGGGCAGCCUCACUCGGGUUCCAGGGGUGAUGGGAGAGGGCACUCAGGACCCAGAGCUCAUUCUUGACCCUGGCCCUUGCUCUCCCCAAUCCACUCCGGGGCUCAUGAAGGGGAGCAAGCUGGAGGAGCAGGACCCUAGACCUCUGCAGCCCACACCAGGGGUCAUGGAGGGGAACAAGCUGGAGGAGCAGGACUCUAGCCCUCCACAGCCCACCCCAGGGCUCAUGAAGGGGGACAAGCGUGAGGAGCAGGGGCUGGGCCCCGAACCUGCGGCGCCCCAGCAGCCCACGGCGGAGGAGGAGGCCCUGAUCGAGUUCCACCGCUCCUACCGAGAGCUCUUCGAGUUCUUCUGCAACAACACCACCAUCCACGGCGCCAUCCGCCUGGUGUGCUCCCAGCACAACCGCAUGAAGACGGCCUUCUGGGCAGUGCUGUGGCUCUGCACCUUUGGCAUGAUGUACUGGCAAUUCGGCCUGCUAUUCGGAGAGUACUUCAGCUACCCCGUCAGCCUCAACAUCAACCUCAACUCAGACAAGCUCGUCUUCCCCGCGGUGACCAUCUGCACCCUCAAUCCCUACAGGUAUCCGGAAAUUAAAGAGGAGCUGGAGGAGCUGGACCGCAUCACAGAGCAGACGCUCUUUGACCUGUACAAAUACAGCUCCUUCACCACUCUCGUGGCCGGCUCCCGCGGCCGUCGCGACCUGCGGAGGACUCUGCCGCACCCCUUGCAGCGCCUGAGGGUCCCGCCCCCGCCUUGCGGGGCCCGUCGAGCCCGUAGCGUGGCCUCCAGCGUGCGGGACAACAACCCCCAAGUGGACUGGAAGGACUGGAAGAUCGGCUUCCAGCUGUGCAACCAGAACAAAUCGGACUGCUUCUACCAGACAUACUCAUCAGGGGUGGAUGCGGUGAGGGAGUGGUACCGCUUCCACUACAUCAACAUCCUGUCGAGGCUGCCAGAGACUCUGCCAUCCCUGGAGGAGGACACGCUGGGCAACUUCAUCUUCGCCUGCCGCUUCAACCAGGUCUCCUGCAACCAGGCGAAUUACUCUCACUUCCACCACCCGAUGUAUGGAAACUGCUAUACUUUCAAUGACAAGAACAACUCCAACCUCUGGAUGUCUUCCAUGCCUGGAAUCAACAAUGGUCUGUCCCUGAUGCUGCGCACAGAGCAGAAUGACUUCAUUCCCCUGCUGUCCACAGUGACUGGGGCCCGUGUAAUGGUGCACGGGCAGGAUGAACCUGCCUUUAUGGAUGAUGGUGGCUUUAACUUGCGGCCUGGCGUGGAGACCUCCAUCAGCAUGAGGAAGGAAGCCCUGGACAGACUUGGGGGUGAUUAUGGCGACUGCACCAAGAAUGGCAGUGAUGUCCCUGUCAAGAACCUUUACCCUUCAAAGUACACACAGCAGGUGUGUAUUCACUCCUGCUUCCAGGAGAGCAUGAUCAAGGAGUGUGGCUGUGCCUACAUCUUCUAUCCGCGGCCCCAGAACGUGGAGUACUGUGACUACAGAAAGCACAGUUCGUGGGGCUAUUGCUACUAUAAGCUCCAGGUUGACUUCUCCUCAGACCACCUGGGCUGUUUCACCAAGUGCCGGAAGCCAUGCAGCGUGACCAGCUACCAGCUCUCUGCUGGUUACUCACGAUGGCCCUCGGUGACAUCCCAGGAAUGGGUCUUCCAGAUGCUAUCGCGGCAGAACAAUUACACCGUCAACAACAAGAGAAAUGGAGUAGCCAAAGUCAACAUCUUCUUCAAGGAGCUGAACUACAAAACCAAUUCUGAGUCUCCCUCUGUCACGCUGCCCCUGACUGUGGGCCAGUUAUCAGUUUUCUCUGGGUGACACUGGCCAGGAGCAGAGACAAAGAGCCCAGGGGGCUGCUGAGAGGCUGAGAGGACUCGGGGGUCCUUGGGGAUGAAGGAAGACAGCUUGGUGAGGAGGGAUGGGGGCUCCUCUGCCAGAGUCCAUCCAGAAUCCUCUGUUCCAUUGUCAGUGUACCUCUCCUCUCACAGAUGGUCACCCUCCUGUCCAACUUGGGCAGCCAGUGGAGCCUGUGGUUCGGCUCCUCGGUGUUGUCUGUGGUGGAGAUGGCCGAGCUCAUCUUUGACCUGCUGGUCAUCACGUUCCUCAUGCUGCUUCGAAGGUUCCGAAGCCGAUACUGGUCUCCAGGCCGAGGGGGCAGGGGUGCUCAGGAGGUAGCCUCCACCCUGGCAUCCUCCCCUCCUUCCCACUUCUGCCCCCACCCCACCUCUCUGUCCUUGUCCCAGCCAGGGCCUGCUCCCUCCCCAGCCUUGACAGCCCCUCCCCCUGCCUAUGCCACCCUGGGCCCCCGCCCAUCUCCAGGGGGCUCCACAGGGGCCAGUUCCUCCGCCUCUCCUCUGGGGGGGCCCUGAGAGGGAAGAAGAGGUUCCUCACACCAAGGCAGAUACUCCUCUGGUGGGAGGGUGCUGGCCCUGGCAAGAUUGAAGGAUGUGCAGGGCUUCCUCUCAGAGCCGCCCAAACUGCCUUUGAUGUGUGGAGGGGAAGCAAGAUGGGUAAGGGGCUCAGGAAGUUGCUCCAAGAACAGUGGCUGAUGAAGCUGCCCAGAAGCGCCUUGGUUCCAGCUCUGUACCCCUUGGUACUGCCUCUGAACACUCUGGUUUCCCCACACAACUGCAGCUAAGUCUCCUUUUCCCUUGGAUCAGCUAAGCGAAACUUGGAGCUUUGACAAGGAACUUUCCUAAGAAACGGCUGAUAACCAGGACAAAACGCAACCGAGGGUACACACAGGCAUGCACGGGUUUCCUGCCCAGCGACGGCUUAAGCCAGCCCCGAACUGGCCUGGCCACGCUGCUCUCCAGUAGCACAGAUGUCUGCUCCUCCUCUUGAACUUGGGUGGGAAACCCCACCCGAAAGCCCCCUUUGUUACUUAGGCAAUUCCCCUUCCCUGACUCCCGAGGGCUAGGGCUGGAGCAGACCCGUGUAAGUAAAGGCGGCCCCAGGGCUCCUCUAGCCUCAUACCCGUGCCCUCACAGAGCCAUGUCCGGCGCCUCUGCCCUGUGUCUUUCAUACCUCUACAUGUCUGCUCGAGAUAUUUCCUCAGCCUGAAAGUUUCCCCAACCAUCUGCCAGAGAACUCCUAUGCAUCCCUUAGAACCCUGCUCAGACACCAUUACUUUUGUGAAUGCUUCUGCCACAUCUUGUCUUCCCCAAAAUUGAUCGCUCCCCUUUCUCCUGGGCUCCUGUAGCACACUAUAACAUCUGCUGGAGUGUUGCUGUUGCACCAUACUUUCUUGUACCUUUGUGUCUCCCUCCCCAACUAGACUGUAAGGGCCUUGCGGUCAGGGACUGAAUCUUGCCCGUUUAUGUAUGCUCCAUGUCUAGCCCAUCAUCUUGCUUGGAGCAAGUAGGCAGGAGCUCAAUAAACGUUUGUUGCAUGAA